CUUUCGUGUACCGAAAUCCUUUGAAAUGUCCGAAAUUUCGGCUGGUUUUGUUCUGAGAUCUUGGAUUAAACCAAGGUGGGAUGGGCACCCUGGCCUCAACUAGCCCGUAGCCAUGGUUUUUGCACCCAUUGUCAUCAUGUGUUGGUUCACCCACCCGUGUUGAUGGUUGAAGCAAUGGCAAAAUUCCCAAUUUCGAUGGUCAACUUAUAAGGAUACUUCGCGAACCUGAAAUCUCCCUGACUUUUGCUUGGUUCAAUCCUCCAUGUGGACAAUAUGGGCUACCCCAAUAGCUGGAUGCUUUAUAAAUGUUUUUUAUGGAAAAAACCAUGAAAAUGGAUGAUUUGGGGGGUAACUUACCCCCAUUUGAAUGGCCAAAAACUGCCAGGACUUCUGCUGAGUUGUGCUUUGAUCAGCUUUGCGCAUGGCCUACUGCCACCGUGGUGGAUUCUGAAUGGCGUAAAGCCGCAGGGGCCUCCGGAGGAUAUGGGGAGCUACACCAUCGUCACCUUCUCUGAGGAACAGCAAGAGCGAUUUGCAAUUGAUGCCCACGGGGAAGUGAAAGACAAGGAGAAAUUCCAGAAGGCCUUAACUGCUCUCAAGGAAUCGAAGACUCCGAAGUCGCCACGCUAUGGCCUCAAGGAACCGGAAUAUCCUCAUUUCCAGAUCUGAGAGCGGUUAAUGCUUCACACUGAGAUUCAUGACUGCAAU